CUCUCUCUCUCUCUCUCUCUCUCUCUCUCUCUCUCUCUUCUUAUACAUACAAAGAGAUUGUCGGUUACUUUGUUAGGCGUUGAACCGUUAAGAUACCUUAAAAAUGGUCCUUGAUCCAGUGCGUGACAUUAUUGGGGACUUUGGUCGAUGGCAGUGUCUUCAAUGUCUUCCUCAAGCUAUUUCGUCAAUGAUAUUCAUUCAACAAGUUUUGGUCAACAAGUUCUUUACUUACUCUCAGAGCUUUCAAUGUUCCCAGAUGAAUAAUCAUGACAAUCGAACAACGAUGCUAGACCACUGCUCUCUUGCCGAAUGUGGAACCGUCCUCCAUGACAGUGUAUACUUCCAGAAUACGAUUGUGGAACGAUUUGAUCUGGUUUGCGAGUUGUCAUUUGUUCCCAAAUUGGCACAAUCGUUGUUCUUUGCGGGCACACUAGUAGGUGCUUCCAUGUCAGGAUUUGUCGCGGAUCGAUUUGGUCGUAUCAAGGUCUAUCUCAUCUCAAUGCACAUCUUGGGGCUGUCGGGAUUGGCAGGCUACUUUUCGCCGAAUAUGUACUUCUGGAUCGCGUUUCGUUUUUCUGCGGGAGCGGCGGUAAUGGCCAUGAAUCUAUCAGCCAAUGUUUAUCGAACUGAGAUCGUGUCCGGAAAAUGGGCCUCUUUAGUACCCUCUAUUGUGGGUGGAGUGGCCGCUCAAUUGGGCCACAUCAUCCUCGGUCUCCUGGUCUAUUUCAUCCCUGACAUGAAGCUACUGGAACUUGGUAUGGCCUUAGUCACCGGGGUCUACAUCCUUGGGUGGUGGUUCAUCCCGGAGAGUCCCCGAUGGUUGAUAGUACGGGGUCGCACUGACGAGGCAUCUCAGAUCCUUCAACGCAUUGCCAAGAUCAAUGGAACGCUUGCCAAUAAUACGAAUGGGUGUGAAACCAAGCAAUGGGAGGCUCUCUUGUGCCAAAUGGAGCACAUCCAGGCCCAGAAACAAGCCCAUCCGCAGAUAUCUACCUUGGUGACCUUCCCGGGGGUCCGACGCAACUUUCUGGCCAUGAAUGUUGUUUGGAUUUGCUACAACAUCAGCUACUACGGUCUGAUCUACAACACUCCAGCAUUGGAUUGGAGUAUCUAUUGGGUGUUUGUCUUCCCCGCAUUCUUGACCAUCCCAGCCUUAUUCGUCACCCCACAACUAGAGAUCCGAUUUGGCCGGAAAUCGGUGAUGUUCGUGGCUUUGGUCAUCAGCAGUUGUCUGGCAUUGGGAGCUGCGGCAAUUCCAAAACAGACGGUCCAAUGGGUCAUAAUAGCUCUCUGUGUGUCGGCCACUGUGUGCACGUUUUGCGCUCUUCAAGUGGGUUACACUUACUCCAAGGAGCUUUAUCCCACGGCUUUGAGGAGCACGGGAUUGGGCGUGAACUCAUCUUGCGCCAGAAUCGGUGCCAUUUUGGCGCCUGUUUUGGCCCUCCUGGAUAGGUUUGGAUCCAACUGGCCUUUGGUGGCUUAUGGAGGGGCCAAUUUGGUGGGAGCCGCUUUCUUGGUCUGGGUGUGGCCGGAGAUGUCCGGCAGAAAGUUGCCAGAAACGGCGGAGGAAUGCGAGGAAUUGGCCCAAGAGUCCAAUCCUUGGCGACCAAUGAAUUGGAAGAAGACGCCCAAGGAGACAGGCAAAGGCUGACCAAAGGAAAUGCUUUGAUUCAAACGAUGUUCUGUCCGUAGUCCGUUGGCAGGGCAAAGUCCAUGUAUGUUUCGUCUAUUUCUAAGGCUGAUAAAACUUAUUGAGUAACAUGUAUA